AUGAGUGGCGACAUUUGGGUGAGGAUGGCCGGCGAUCGAGUAGCCCCCCGAUUACAAGCACCGGAACCAGAUCCGAGAGCUGGCGGUGUCGAUUCUAGGCUGGUGACCACCGGUCGUGGGUCCGCAGCGAUCGGCAGUGGCGUUAGGGCACAGCGGAUGGGACUCAAUCGCUUCAGCGAGGGUCGGCACAGCCCUCGCAGUGGCGGCGAUGGAUUCAAGUUGGCACCGAGCGUCUCUCCAAAUGUGAGGAGAUCGGAAGAGGAGAGAGCAGCGUCGACUGUGGGAGAGGAGUGCCCGGUGAUCGUCGGUGUCGAGUCAUCCGCACGAGAGGGCCAUGAUGAGAAAUCUAGUUUAUCUAAUCGUGGCAAUUUUCUUGAAUUUUUGGAUGUGCUAACUAUGUACAAUGACGAACUUUCAAAAGCAAUUGCGAAAGCUCCAAAAAAUGCCAAGUAUACAAGUCACGAUAUUCAGAAACAAAUACUUCAUCUGAUUUCCAUGAGAGUGAAAAAUGUAAUUCGUGAAGAAAUUGGAGUUGCCAAGUAUUGCAUAAUUGUCGAUGAAUCUCGAGAUGAAUCAAAAAGAGCAAAUGUCUAUAGUAUUGAGAAUGUCAUAUAUUCUACUUUGGCUCACUAUAAUUUGGAUGUUCAAAAUAUUAGAGGUCAAGGUUAUGAUGGUGCUAGUAAUAUGAGGGUUGUAGCAUCAAAAAAUGUGACACCUAUUCAUCAAUUUUUUGAUAGAUUAACUUUUAUAGUUAAUAUUGUUGGUUCUUCAUGUAAGCGUAAUGAUGAAUUGAAGAAUGCUCAUGCGGAUGACAUUGCACAUUUGAUUGCAAUUAAUGAACUCGAGACAGGGCGUGGACUUAAUCCAAUAGGUACUUUACAACGAGCUGCUGAUACACGCUGCAGUUCUCAUUUGAAAUCAUUGAAAGGCCUAAUUAAGAUGUUUAGUGCAUCGUAUACGGUAUUGUUCAAGGUUAUGGAUGAUGGGCUUCCUUUUCAACGAGCAGAUGCAACAUCUGUUUAUGAUGAAAUGACUUCUUUUGAUUUUGUAUUCAUCUUGCAUCUUAUGAAUGAGAUUAUGGGGAUCACAGAUAUUCUUUAUCAGGCUUUGCAAAGUAAGUCUCAGGAUAUUAUAAAUGCAAUGGAGCUGGUAUUAUCUACCAAGAAUUUACUUCAACAUAUGAGGGAUAACAAAUGGAAUGAUGUGCUUGCAAAAGUGAAAUCUUUUUGCGAGGAUGAGCCCGCGUUCGUCAAGACAAUUUCACCAUUGAGCAUCAUUAUCAGUAAUGCCUUAAAUCCUCAAAAUGUGAUGGAGUCUUUCAAAAUUAAGGAUAUUUGUAAAUUAGUUGAAAAGUUUUAUGCCCAAGAUUUUACAAAAGAUGUAAAAGAGCAAUUGGAGAUGCAAAUGAAGCAUUACGAGUAUAAUGUAGUCAAAGGACCCGACUAUAAAAAUCUUUCAACUAUUUCAGAAUUAUGUCAAUGUACAUUAUAUUCACUGGUAUUUAUGCAGCUAGAGUCAUUAUUGACAUGGAAAGUGGAAGGUCUAGACUCUAGAGAGUUUGAUUUUGUGACUUUUACAUGCAGUGAAGAAGCUUCAGUUGCUAUAUGUGGCAUGGAUGGGAAGCUGCCAUCCCAGAACAAAUACACUGGAUUAUGCGCCUGA